AGCAACAGACAUCUCAACAGAAAAACAAAACAAGAGGAGGGAAAGUAACUGCUUAUCUCCUUCAAAUCCAACACCUUAUCACCAACCCAAUGGCCAUGCCACUCGGAUUACUUUCUGAAAACAAUUCAUUGCCGGAUGUUGAAUCUCACGUUACUAUUGGAAAUCAAGGCCUGCAAAAAAUAAUUCUCCAGAAGGGAACUUCAUGGAAAACUCCUUCUCUAGGAGACCAAAUUCAAGUUCAUUACAGCGUGUCGUUGGAAGAUGGAGAAAAAUUUGAUUCUAGCUGGAAAAAUGGAAAGCCAUUCACAUUCAAAUUAGGCCAAUGUGAAGUUAUUAAAGGCUGGGAUGAGGGAAUUGCUACCAUGAAGAAGGGUGAAAGAGCCAUUUUAACCAUUCCUCCAGAAUUAGCCUAUGGAGAGAGUGGUUGUCCACCUAUGAUUCCUCCAAACUCGACAUUAGUGUUUGAUAUUGAAUUGCUAUCGUGGAAUACGAUUAGAGAUAUUACAGAGGAUGGAGGGAUAUUGAAGAAGGUAGUAGAGGAGGGUGAGGGAUGGGCCACCCCUAAGGAAUUUGAUGAGGUUUUAGUCAAGUACAAUGCAAGACUGGAAAAUGGAACAAUUGUGUCAAAGUCGGAAGAGGGAACCGAGUUCUGUGUAUCUGAAGGCUAUCUAUGUCCUGCCAUGAGCAAAGCGGUCAAGACAAUGAGAAAGGGCGAGAAAGCAGAGCUAUCAGUUAAGUUCUCUUAUGGAUGCGGAGAAACUGAAAAGUUUAGUAGUCAAAUUGAUAGUGGAAUACCAUCAUAUUCCAACUUAAUCAUCGAUCUUGAGCUGAUUUCCUGGAAAAGUGUCACUGAUGUCAUGGGAGAUAAGAAGGUACUUAAGAAAAUAGUGAGAGAUGGGAGUGGAUUUGAUCGUCCGAAUGACGGAUCCCAAGCAAAAGUGAUCUACAUUGGCAAACUUGAGGACGGGACUAUUUUUGAAAGAAAAGGUUCUGAUGAAGAGCCAUUCGAGUAUACAUGCUUUGAAGAACAAAUAAAUGAGGGUUUGGACAGGGCAGUAAUGACCAUGAGGAGAGGUGAAAAAGCAACUGUGACAGUUAGCUCCGACUUCUUAGAUGGUUAUCAAGAUGCGGGUUUUGUUUCUGCAGAAACAACCCUUAUUUAUGAAGUCGAGCUAGUUGACUUCAGUAAGGAGGCGCCAUUCUGGAAAAUGGGAACUGAUGAAAAGUUAAAAGCUUGUGAAAUCAAGAAAGACGAAGGAAAUGUACUGUUCAAAGCCGGGAAGUUUUGGCGUGCAUCCAGAAAGUAUGAGAAGGCUUCAAAAUAUGUUGAGUACGACCAUUCUUUCAGCGCUGAUGAGAAGAGCCAGGCAAAUGCGUUGCAGUUGUCAUGUCAUCUGAACAAUGCAGCUUGUAAGCUUAAACUGGGGGAAUUUCUUGAAGCUUCAAGACUAUGUACAAAGGUUCUUGAACUUGAUCAAUUAAAUGUCAAGGCAUUAUUUAGAAGGUCCCAAGCAUAUCUAAAGAUGUCUGAACUAGAAAAGGCUAACGAUGACAUCAAACGAGCUCUAGUAAUUGAUCCAGACAACAGAGAUGUGAAGCUUGUGUACAAGGAGCUUCAAGAUAAGAAGAAGAGAUAUGUCCAGUAUGAAGCUUCAUUAUUUAGCACAAUGGUAGCUAAAAUGACUUAGCUUCAGUGUUUCAGCUGUGAUUUUUCUUAAUUUUUUUUUUUUAACUGAAGUUAGACGGGUCAUUGUAGAAACAAUAUAUUCGAACAUCCGGUUGCACACUCUUCCUUGAUCAAAAAACCAAAUUUCUGGUCGAACCAUAAUUUUUUGGAUUUGAAGACGAGAAGAAUGUUGUUUGUUUUA